AAUUUAGUAACUGGAUCAUAACAAGGCUUCUCCGAAUUGCUGCAACUCCAAACUGCAACACAUUGCACAAGAACAUUUGUGAUGUCAUUUGCUCUUUACUUUUUCUGUUUAAAAUGAAGAGUUGCUCCGUUUUUGAAGUACUAACUAAAGACUUGCUACAGCUUUUCCAAGACUUAAUUGUCUUGCAUGAAAGAGAUGCACAGAAGCAUCUCUGGGGAGAUGGACUGGUCUGGCCAGUGACUAUCAAGCAAUUUUCAAGCAAUAUAAGUGACCAAGUGGGAUAUUUAAGAUUGGCACCAUUACAGCUGAUGGGCUUGCCCAAUGUAGAAUGUUUGGAAGUUAUGCUAAUGUCUGUUCUGACAGAUAUUGUUGCAGAUGUGUUUUUUGUAAGACAAGAUACUAUUCUCUGGGGGAUAGGCUGCUCCCUGCUGGAAUAUGGCAGUCCACAAGUUAAAACUCUGGCAAUGAAGUUUUUAGUAAAAUUAAUUCAUUUAGGAGGACCUCCAGAACAACUGGCCAGUGCUUUCUUCACAGUCUUUUUAGAAAUUCUUCAGUCAGCACUUGAAAUGGACACUGAGGAAUCAGAACUCUUUGGAGAACCACUCUUACUGUUGGUGAGGACGUUGUUGCCUCUUGAAGCUGAUUUUUACAAAAAUAUUGAACCUGUCUACUUGAAUAUGCUACUAGAGAAGCUCUCUGCAUUGUUUGAAGGAGAUGUGUUUAGGUGUCUCCAGUCUGAAAAGCUGAGAGCUGCUUUUUGCCAUAUACUGCAGUAUUUUCUGGAGUUUGUCCCAGCUGGCUACGAAUCUGCCUUACAAAUAAGAAAAACCCAUGUCAGUACCAUAUGUGGAAUUUUUGUGAAUGUUCUUGGAACUCAGGAGGAACAAGAGUAUCUGCUGAGUCCACUUUAUACAGCCUUAAAAACACAAGUGGAAGAAAUCUUUCAGGAGCUUCAUCAGAACCAGCUAGAGACCUCUGACAGUGAUGGGUGGAGCAGCAGCAGUGAUGAAGUUCCAGAGAAAAGACGACGACUAAGCCUACCCACAAAGCAUCCAAAGAAAUCACCUGCACCUUUAAUACUUAGUCCUGUUGAUAUGAAACUGAAGAGCACUCUAUGGAAUACCAUCACUAAGAAAGCUGCAUCCUUAAUAUCUCUCCUUGAGAAGGAAAUUCUGACAGCAGAUGUGCUUCAGACUGUGGAAGGGAUUGCUGUGAUUCUGCGACUGGCUGCUUUGUGCACA